GGGGAUAAUUACAAUGACAAUUCAUCAGCACCAAUGAGUAGAAUAGAGAGGCUCAUGAGGGAAAGAGAGUUAAGAAAGAAGAACAAAGCUUCCUAUUCUAAUGAAGCUAUUGAUCUUGAACCACGCUUAAGGGAAGGUGAUGACUAUAUGGAACAAUAUCUCAAAGGAGGCUCUUCUGCACGUGAUGAAUGGGAAAAGCCAGAUGAAGGACUGUUUAAAGAACGGCUAUUAGUCGUUGCUAAUAGACUUCCAGUGUCUGCUGUUAGGACAGGAGAAGAGAGUUGGUCACUGGAGGUUAGUCAUGACGAAUAUGUUAGUGCUCUUUUGGGUGUGAAGGAUGUUGUUGUGAAAUGGAUUGGAUGGGUAGGUGUAAAUGUGCCAGAUGAACUUGGGCAGAGGUCACUAACGAAAGCACUGGCUCAGAAGAGGUGCAUACCAGUCUUUCUCGAUGAGGAAACUGUUCAUCAAUAUUAUAAUGGUUAUUGCAAGAACAUAUUAUGGCCUCUUUUUCAUUAUCUUGGUCUUCCCCAAGAAGAUCGUCUGGCUACAUCCGGAACUUUCCAGUCCCAGUUUGACGGAUACAAGAGAGCAAAUCAAAUGUUUGCUGAUGUGGUGACUUUUCAUUAUGAAGAAGGUGAUGCUGUUUGGUGCCAUAAUUACCAUCUUAUGUUCCUUCCCAAGUACCUGAAAGAGUAUAACAACAACAUGAAAGUUGUAUGGUUCCUUCAUACACCAUUCCCAUCUUCUGAAAUUCACAGAACAUUGCCUUCUCGCUCUGAGCUUCUGCGUGCAGUUCUUGCUGCUGAUUUGGUCGGUUUCCAAACUUAUGAUUAUGCAAGACACUUCGUGAGUGCUUGUACUCAUAUCCUAGGAGUGGAGGGUACACUUGAUGGGAUAGAGGAUGAAGGGAGGCUUACACGUGUUGCUGCGUUUCCUAUCGGGCAAGAUUCCAAUCGGUUUAUCAGUGCUCUUGAAGCCCCUCAAGUCAAAGACCACAUAAAAGAAUUGAAGGAGAGGUUUUUUGGAAGAAAGGUGUUGUUAGGUCUUGAUGAUUUAGAUAUGAUUAAAGGUAUUCCCCAAAAAAUACUGGCAUUUGAGAAAUUCCUUGAAGAAAAUCCAGUUUGGCGUGAUAAAGUUGUUUUGCUGCAGAUUGCAAUACCACCAAGGACUGAUAUUUCUGAAUACCAAAAACUCACAAGUCAGGUUCAUGAAAUUGUGGGAAGGAUAAAUGGUAGGUUUGGGACAUUAACAACCGUUCCUAUUCAUUAUCUGGAUCGCUCUAUUGAUUUUCAUGCUUUAUGUGCACUCUAUGCCGUCACUGAUAUUGCACUUAUCACACCUCUACGGGAAGGCAUGAACCUUAUAAGUUACGAGUUUCUUGCAUGCCAAGAUGCUAAAAGAGGAGUACUCAUUUUAAGUGAAUUUGCUGGUGCUGCACAGUCGCUCGGUGCAGGAGCCAUACUUGUUAAUCCUUGGAAUAUACCCGAAGUUGCAGCUUCCAUAUACCAUGCUUUGAAUAUGUCAACUGAAGAAAGAGAGAAACGUUAUCUACAUAACUUCUUACAUGUCACAAACUACACUGCUCAAGUAUGGGCCGAAACGUUAUUAAGUGCACUGAACGAUACUGUGGUUGAAGCACAGUUGAAAAUUAGACAACUUCCACCACUGCUCCCAGUUGAUGAGGCUAUUGAGCGAUAUGUCAAGUCAAGUAACCGACUACUAAUAUUGGGAUUCAAUGCUACUUUAACCGAUCGAGUUGAUACACCUAAUGGAUGUCAAGGCAAUCAGAUAAGAGAAAUGGAUCUUAAAUUACACCUAGAUUUGAAAGAAACUCUUACAAGGCUUUGUGGUGAUCCAAAAACAACUAUCAUUAUUCUUAGUGGAAGUGGCAGGGCUAUAUUGGACGAGAAUUUUGGUGAGUACAACAUGUGGUUGGCAGCUGAGAACGGAAUGUUUUUGCGAUCCACUAAAGGUAACUGGAUGAUGACGAUGCCUGAACAUUUAAACAUGGACUGGGUUGAUAGUAUAAAGCAUGUUUUCGCGUAUUUCACGGAAAGAACUCCACAAUCCUAUAUUGAGAUUCGUGAGACAUCACUAAUUUGGAACUACAAGUAUGCAGAUGUGCAAUUUGGGAGGCUUCAAGCCCGAGACAUGCUGCAAUAUCUCUGGACAGGUUCGAUAUCUAAUGCCUCAGUCGAUGUUGUGCAUGGUGACUGUACUGUCGAGGUCCGACCCUUCGGUGUUACAAAGGGUCUUACCAUUGGUCGCAUUUUAGGAGAGAUUAAUUAUUGCAAAUCUAUUUCCGCGCCAAUAAAUUAUGUCUUAUGCAUUGGCCAUUCUCUAGGGAAGGACGAAGAUAUUUACACAAUCUUUGAGCCCGAGUUUCCCUCAAGAGACAUUAGCAUUCCAAGACUGAUUCUAAGUGAUACAACAAAUCCUUUUGGUUCCAGGAAGUUUGGGAGAAAUGGGUCUCAAAAGCUUACUCAUGAACCAGAUUUGGAAAAUAAGCAAAACAAUAAUAAUGACAGUGACAUUAACAAUGUUGUUGAGAAUGGUAACAACAGACAAUCAUCACCAUUCCUUAAUAAGUUAACAUGGAAUUUACUUGAUCUAGAAAGGGACAACUAUUUCUCAUGUGCGGUUGGAAAAACACGUACGAAGGCCCGCUACCUACUCCCAACAUCGGAUGAUGUGGUCUCCCUUCUAAAAGGCCUUGCUCAGGCAUCAUGAACAUUUAUGAGUUUAUGUAAUAAGAAGAGCUUCGUAUAUAGUUCCAUAAUCAGGGAAAUAUUGCGUCAACGAAUGGGUUUGUGUAAUAAUCUGGAUUUCGCUUCGGGAUAACUCAUAGAUACUAAUUUCAAAUAAUACACUCAUCUCAAGGGAACGUUAUAUUAUUAUUAUUAUUAUUAUUAUUAUUAUUAUUAUUAUUAUUA